AUGUCGGUUCCGUUGUCUAUCUUUGCAGCCACUAUGUGCCGCACAUUUGAAGAUCCUCAAUGGCACCCUCCGGAGAGUCUAAGAGAGAUCCUCUCACACCGGACUUGCAAUUCUGGCCUUGAUGGGACGAAUUUGCCUGUGCUUGAUCGACUUUUGAUCAAGCAGAGUGGGGUCAAGAGAAAAGAAUUGAUUGAAGAACAUCGAGGGAUGAUUGGGACAAUCAUCAUUCUUGAGUCUCCACUUCCGGUUGCUUCACUGUCGAGGCUCACUGGUAUUUCCAAAGAAUCGAUUCAUGUCAGGCUAGAGUUACUCCAUUCAGUUCUUUCUAUACCCAAUGACAAGACUAAACCGAUCAGACCAUUUCAUCUAUCAUUCCGAGACUUUCUACAUCAUCCGGACACACCUGAGAAGACCCCAUUAUGGAUAGAUGAGAAGGAGAUCCACCAAACCCUCGUGGUACAAUGUCUAAAGGUCAUGCAGCACAAGUUAAGGAAGAACAUCUGCAACUUACCAGGCGAUGGUACGGAACGUGGUGAGGUCGACUUAAAUUCUGUUAGCCAUCGCCUAUCUCCAGAGCUGCACUACGCCUGCCGUUACUGGGCACAGCACCCAAUCACUGAGAUGGUUGAUGCCUUCUCAUUUCUUAAAUUGCAUUUCCUUCACUGGGUGGAAGCUAUGAGUAUCUUGGGUAUAAUAUCUGAAGUUGUCAAAAUCAUCAAUACAUUGUAG